AUGGAGAUAGGAGACGAAUCAUCAAUCCUAAACAUUAAAGAGGAAAGGGUGCAAAGAAACACAUGGUACCAUCAGAAGCAACAAAUAAGCAGCAACAGCCGUACCCUGAAUAAAAACCACGUGAAACAGGUGCUUACACAAUGCAGCAUCAAUCCAUACAGUACCUACCUAAAAAAAGAGCAGCAGGGGUAA